AUGAAUGACCCAGAGAAACAAAGUAAUAGAGUCCAUGUUGGUGAAGCUGAUGAAGAAGAAUUUCCAGAAGGUGGUAAAGGAUGGUUAGUCCUACUAGGCUGUGGUCUUACAAGUAUUUUCGUCUUUGGUAUGAUCAAUUCAUAUGGUGUUUUCCAGACUCAUUACGAAACUGUCUUAUUUCCAAAUGUUUCCUCUUCAAAAUUAUCAAUCAUUGGUGCAACGCAAGCUUCGUUGUGUUAUUUUUUGACACCUUGGACAGUUCCACUGGUUCAUGCAUUUGGAUUAAGACAAGUAUUAUCAGUUGGUGCUUCAUUCCUAAUUAUUUCCUUCUUUGGAUUAGCAACUACAACUCCUUCACAGCUCUGGAAAUGCUAUAUAUUUCAAGGGUUGUUCUUCUCCAUCGGAGCUGCUUUACAAUUCGGUCCUGCUAUGACUGUUCCAUCUGAGUGGUUCAAGAAGAAAAGAGGUACUGCGUUCGGUAUUUCUGCUGGAUUUGUUGGUGUUGGUGGUGUUGUCUGGCCAAUUCUUUUCAAACAAAUGAUCAAUAAGCAUGGUUUCAAGUGGACAGUUUUGACUAUUGCAUUCGUUUAUAUUCCAUUAAGCGUUGGGUCUAUAUUGUUGGUUCCUCAACAUCUUGAAGAUAGAUAUAAUCACAAGGGCAAAUGCUUCUCGAAUGCUGUUUGGAAUAAUGAGAAUAUCAAGAACUUACCACAAUCAUUCAAAAACAUUUUGAUUGAAUGGAGCCAUGUAAUUAAAAAUCCAAGAUACUCAAUUAUCCUAUUGGCAAACCUUUUGGUUUCAUUUGGUUCAUAUCCAGUCAUUUUCUACAUUGACUUCUUUGGCCAUACAAUUGGUGGUGAAGCUAAAAUUGUGUCAUACUUAACAAUGAUCUUCGUUGUUAUGGGAUUUCCAGGGAGAGCCAUACCUGCUAUGAUUGCCGAUAAAAUAGGAAGAAUCAAUGUUCUGAUCGUUUGUUCAGCUGUGUUGUUCAUCUCCAUAUUUGCACUAUGGAUCCCAUCAAUUCAGUAUAAUCUUUUAGGGGUAUACAUUGGAUUUGUUAUAGUAUUCGGUUUUGCUGUUGGUCCUCUAUUCUCAUUAUUCCCAGCUUCAUUAGGCCAGCUGUUUGGUAUUAGAGGAAAUGAAGCUAGGUUGAGCUUAUUCUUGUUUUCAGCAACGCCUGGUCCAAUUUUGGGAUGUCUUAUUGCUGGUUCAUUCAUUCCUAUCGACUCUACAGAUACUGAAAAGAUUGUACAUUCGUUCUACAAAGUUGUUAUUUUCUCUGGCAUAAUAUUGACUGUUUGCACUGUUUUAUUGACAGGUGUGAGAUUGUCAAUAAGUAGGAAGCCAUUUGUGUUUAUCUAA